GUCAAAGGUAUCUUCUAUGGAUGCAGUAAUCCGCCAAUGCCCUUUCCUGACUGUUGUGCCCAGUGUUUGCCUGCAGCUAGCUGGAAAGUCAUCACUGGUGAGCUAUGCCCUUAAGUGCCCUGUGAUGAUGGACAUGGCAUGCAGACCUCUGGCCAGAGCUUUUUGCACUUCAGCCUCUUCGUCCAAAGGCACUCCAACAAAUGUCACACCACCUGCUGGUCAGCCUGUAGGCUCCAAAUGCCCUUUCUUGGCUUCGGAAAUGGUACAGAAAAACAACAGGGUAGUGACGGAGGCCAGCAUGGAGCUGCAAGAGGACAUCCAGGAGGUGCACUCUGUGUGCAGAGGUCAGCAGUCCCACAGCCACUCAGAGAAAACGGAUGUGGAUUUACCAGUUGUGGACAAGGCCAACACGGGGGCAGAAAAAAAACUUUUUAAACCAAUACCUUACAAAGUGCCUCACCUUUUGGAGGAUAAUCUGCCUGACUCUGUCACCUUCCCGUAUGACAAGUUUUUUGAAAAGAAGAUCGAGAGCAAGAAAGUAGAUCACACAUACAGGGUUUUUAAGACGGUGAACCGGUGUGCCAUCUCGUUCCCUAUGGCAGACGAUUACUCCGAGUCUUUUCAGGCAAAGAGAGACGUGUCUGUGUGGUGCAGCAACGACUAUCUUGGCAUGAGUCGUCACCCCAAAGUCACCCAGGCUAUCGCAGAGGCUUUAUGCAAGCACGGUGCUGGUGCAGGAGGCACAAGAAACAUCUCGGGGACUAGCAAAUUCCACGUGGAACUUGAACAUGAGCUGGCUGAGCUGCAUGACAAGGAUGCUGCACUGCUGUUCACUUCCUGCUUUGUAGCCAAUGACUCUACUUUAUUUACUCUGGCAAAAAUGCUACCAGGUUGUGAAAUCUAUUCCGAUGCUGGUAACCAUGCCUCGAUGAUUCAGGGCAUAAGAAACAGUGGGGUCAAGAGGUUUAUAUUCCGUCACAAUGACGUCAGCCACCUUCAAGAGCUGCUCCAGAAGUCAGACCCUUCAAUUCCAAAGAUUGUUGCCUUUGAGACGGUGCAUUCAAUGGAUGGAGCUGUGUGCCCACUAGAGGAGAUGUGUGAUAUUGCCCACAAGUUUGGUGCCAUUACCUUUGUGGAUGAAGUUCAUGCUGUGGGCCUGUAUGGACAUAGAGGAGGAGGCAUUGGGGACAGAGACAGAGUCAUGCACAAGAUGGACAUCAUUUCUGGUACCCUCGGCAAGGCAUUUGGCUGCAUGGGCGGCUACAUCGCCAGCACCAGCGCCCUGGUGGACACAGUACGCUCCUACGCUGCAGGAUUCAUCUUCACCACUUCCCUGCCCCCAAUGCUCUUAGCAGGGGCAAAGGAGUCCAUCAAAGUCCUGAAAAGUGAGGAAGGCCAGGUCCUCCGGAGGAAACAUCAGAGGAGUGUCAAGCUGCUCCGGCAGAUGCUUUUGGACUCCGGACUUCCUGUCGUCCACUGCCCCAGCCACAUUAUUCCUGUCCGGGUGGCAGAUGCAGAGAAGAACACCAAGAUCUGUGACAUCAUGAUGUCUUCUUACAACAUCUACAUCCAGGCAAUCAACUACCCUACAGUGGCUAAAGGAGAGGAGCUGCUACGCAUCGCCCCCACACCACACCACACGCCCCAAAUGAUGUUCCACUUUGUUGACAAGCUGGUGAGAACGUGGAAGGAGGUAGGUUUGGAGCUGAGACCGCACUCCUCAGCCGAGUGUGACUUCUGCCAGCAGCCUCUUCACUUCGCGCUGAUGAGCGAGAGGGAGAAGUCCUACUUUACAGGCCUCAGUCACAUGACAUCUGAAGUAGCCUGAUAUUACAUAAAGCAUUAAAUCCCUGCGAGCCCCACCUCCAAGUAUACAAGCUACAGGUACUCAUUGUAUUUAAAUAUAAUGUAUUACUGCAUUUAAAAUGUUCUGUCAGUGUGUGUGCGUGAAGUGUUCAUUUACUCUUGUCUGAUCAUUUUUAAAU